AUGUCAUGUUGCAGAUGCUUAACUGCUGAGCACUGCUCACUGGAGGUUAGCGGUGAUAUUUGUAAAAUAGAAUUUUCAUUCCAUUUUAAUGAAUAUGACGACGCAUACAAAGCACUAUCAAUUUACAAAUUGAAUGAUACACUUUCGUUUGAUGCUAAAAAGCCGUUAGCAUCGUCCGAAUGCAUUGCAUCAAGGAAUCAAGUAACGCCAUUCACAUUAGUUACAUCUUUCCUCUAUUGUUCGAGUCAAAUCCAAACCGUCAGUUCAAUAUGUGAAGUAUCAAAGUCUGGAAAUGAUACUUAUGCAAGCACCGCAUCAUUCACCUCCUCCAAAACAACAUCUCAGUCGACAUCACCACCAACCACCCUCCGUACUCGACCUUCAUCGCACCCAACCACAUCAAUUGAGCCUGAUUCAACUACUGCUUUCGCAAGUACUACAAUGCUCACCUCUGAAACAACAUCCCAAUCGACGUCUACACCAACCACAUCUUUCAACAAUCUAUCUUCAUCACAUCCAAAUAUUUCAACUGAUCCUGUGUCAACCAUUCCUUCCUCAGAUGCACCAGUACUGGAAUCCACACCACCAUCAAUAGAAACGACUACAACAAACUUCAAUUGGUCGUCGUAUGAUACAUUCGGUGGUCUCGCAAAUAUUUCAUUGAAUGGCAAUAAUGUAGAACAUGUAAUGAAACUUGUAAAGAAUUUAUUGAGUCAAUCGAACGGUGAAGGUCGAACUGGACCUGAUGACGUUUAUCAAAUAUCGUUAAUCAUCAGAAAUGCAUCACGUGUUAAUAAUCUUACGCAAACGGUACGAUACGUUCAACUCGAUUUUGACUGCUUUCAAAUCAUCAAAAAUUUUUCUUUCUUCAGAUUUCUUCGGAGUCUACCAGAUCUAUUUCGGAAUGCACCAUCAAAAGUGGAGUAUAUGAAUGGAAGCAAUCUUGCAAUGGCUGGAAGAGCAGUGAAAUGCUCAUUAACGGAUGAUGACGACUGGAAUGGAGAGCUGCAAGGAAUCGCAGAUGGCGGUGCUAAAUUCGAGCUGAUCACUGGUGAUGAGGACGAAGACGACGAACAUUCUGCUUCGAUCCACAUCCCAUUAGAUGCCAUUUGCAGGUCACAAGCAGUGAAAUCCUUCUUUGUGGUCUAUCGGAAUGCAAAGUUUUUUGUUGGAAAUGAAAGUGACUAUCAGAUACGAGAUGAUGAACGAUCCGAAAUGCCCGAGAACAGAGGAUGCACUGUGGGACAAUUCCUAACGAAUCAACGCAUUCUAACUGCAUCUUUACUGGAUCACAACGCAACCAUUAAACAAUUCAAUGUGUCUGGUACUCAGCAAACAAUGGCCAUUAUAAGAUAUAGCACUAAAAAGGUUUAUUGA